AUGAAAAAGCGGCCGCUUCAGCCGCGUUCUCGGAUAGUGGGUAGCGGGAAGUUCCCGGGCGGAGCGGCUCCGGUUGAUCGACUUUCUGGGUGGAAAGUAUGUGAUAAUACUACAUUUGCUGAAGCAUUUCAACAUCAGUUUGUGAUGGUUCAGCAAGUACGUCAUAUCUAUAACCAAACCAUAUUGAUAAGUUGUGAGACUACUGAGAGCAUAAUUAGAAUGGAGUUUGAGUCAUAUGGUGUUCAAUCAAAUGGGAAUAUCUGGCGAAACCAAUGUGAUAUGGAUGCAAAUGUGAUCACCAUCGAGAAUUCCAUAUCAGAUGAGAAGUUAUUAUCUGUCUUCUGUGAGGAAGUUAUAUAUAGAGUUGGCAUUGGUCCUGGUGUUUAUUCUAUUCACUCACCAAGAAUACCACCCACAGAAGAAAUAUGCCUCUCCAAUUUCUUAUCUCGGGAAAGGGCUGAUAUCCGAAGUCGCGUGAAGGGCCGGUUUGUCAAAGAUGUCAAGGUGUAUGAUUAUGAUCCUUUGAGCCAAACCAGAAGAUAUUGA